AUGGGGGGAGGAAAGAAGAGUGAUCAAGAAACAGAGAAAGAAAAUCAAGAUGAUACUGAUAACGAGGCAGUAGAGGGAAUUGGCAGACAGAUGAGUGAGGCUUCUGUCUCUGCAACUGAGGAGGAGGAAGAUGAAGAAGGAAGCAACAAGAUUCAGUUGGGUCCUCAAUGCACUCUUAAAGAACAGAUUGAGAAGGAUAAGGAUGAUGAGAGUUUGAGGAGGUGGAAGGAACAGCUUCUCGGGGCUGUGGAUUUUGAGAGUGUUGGAGAAACUCUUGAACCUGAAGUGAAGUUCAUUCAACUGUCAAUCCUCUCUCCUGAUAGACCUGACAUUGUUCUUGAUAUUCCGGAAGAUGGGAAACCCAAGGGCUUAUGGUUUACGCUGAAAGAAGGCAGUCCACACAACCUGAAAUUCUCCUUCCAAGUUACCAAUAACAUUGUAUCCGGCCUCAAGUACACCAACACCGUGUGGAAAACUGGUGUCAAGGUUGACAGCACAAAAGAGAUGAUUGGAACUUUCAGUCCUCAGCCAGAGCCUUACACACAUUUGAUGCCAGAAGAGACCACGCCUUCUGGCAUAUUUGCCAGAGGAUCAUAUUCUGCAAGAUCAAAGUUUCUGGACGAUGAUAACAAGUGCUACUUGGAAAUCAAUUACACCUUCGACAUUCGAAAGGAAUGGGCUAAAUAA